ACAGGCAUUUCCAGGGGACCAGGAGCACGGGCACAUGGCGAGGAGCACCUGGUGAGAUGUACAAAUCCCUGCUCCGCACCGUUAAACACCAGGCCAGGUCGCAGAUCAUCAGGCGCAGCAGCAGCAGCGGCAGUCAGACAAACGGAAAACGCAAACAAAAAGCAGAGCAAAUGGAGGCACGCUACGAUUUCAACAGGCGCUGGACGCCAGUGGGGGAUCAGCCGCCGGGAUUGGGGCUCCACAAGCUGCCCACCACCUUCAAGCUGGUCUCGUACAACAUUUUGGCUCAGGAUCUGCUGCUGGAGCACCUCUUCCUGUACGUGGGCAUUCCGCAGGAGUUUCUCACCUGGCGUCGCCGCCAGCAGAAUCUCCUCCGGGAGCUGAUCAAACUGAAUCCGGACAUCCUGUGCCUGCAGGAGAUGCAGUUCGAUCAUCUGGCGCCACUCGUCCAAGGACUGCGCAUGGGCAACGGCAAGAAGCUGGCCUAUGUGUACAAAAAGAAGACGGGUCACCGCACCGAUGGAUGCGCCAUCAUCUACGACUCCUCCAAGUUCGAGUUGCUGGACCAGCGAGCCGUGGAGCUGCAUGACCAGGAGGUGGCGCUGCUCAAUCGCGAGAAUGUGGCCCUGUUUGCCCGGUUCCGAUUCAAAAAGGAACCGGAUCAGCAAAAGGAAUUCGUGGUGGCCACCACCCACUUGCUGUACAACCCCAAAAGGAGCGAUGUGCGCUGCGCUCAGGUGGGCAGAAUAUUGGAGGAACUCUCCUCAUUCUCCACGGACACACCUAUAAUUCUAACUGGUGACUUUAACAGUCAGCCCGACUCAUCACCCCUUGAAUUACUAAUGGGUGAGGAGGAAUCUGCUGCUAAUUCCGGAGCUCUACAAUUUGAGAUCUUCGAUCCGGGUGAGGGAACAGCCUCCACAUACCAGGACGACUGGAUCACCGUCGACUACAUCCUGCGCUCGCUAGGAACGCGGAGCAGGCACAAGCUUUUGCCCAUCGGCGUCUACUCACUGCCCUCCAUCAAUCGCUGCAGCCGAGUGGGCCAGAUUCCCAACCACUACCUGGGCUCGGAUCACUACGCUCUGGGCGCCAUGUUCACCGUUGUCUAGUUUAUAAGCCUGUCUAUAUCUCGGACUCAUCAAUAAAGAUUCGAAACAUUA